AUGUCCCAAUUACCAUUCAGCAAAGAUGCAUUCAUCGACAGCUUGCUGGAUCCCGCUCGUCUUCUCCCAGCCUCUGCUCGAACGGAUCAUAAACUCGUGAGCCCCACGGAAGAGAUCCAACGAUUCUUGAAGAAGGACCUGCUGGUCAAUAAACUGAAUAAAAUCGACCAAUAUCUAUGGCUGGCUGGCCAACCAAUACCGCCCAAGCCUCUAAAUUACCAGAUUGCAACCUCGCGGGAAAUUGCCGUGGACGAGAGAAUUGACAUGCAUAUGGUCUGGGAGCACUCUCGGCGUAUCCAUCUGAAGCCACUACCACGUUAUCUUCUCGAUUCUCAGUUUUGGGAGUCGCAUCUUGUGUGUAAGGGACCUUGUUGUGCUUCACCAGGCGAACCGGUUUGUCAAGAACAGACGUGUUCGCGAGAGCUAUACAAAUGCGCGCUUGGAUUCUUAUCUUCUUAUAUGGCCCUUGUACAAUUCGAAAGUGAUUUCUUCAUUGCACAAAACUACCAUCUAUUGCCGAAUACUAUCACCUGGGAAAUGUGGCUCAAGCUGAACCAGCAGUUGUUGAAGAACGAUGUGACCAGCCCCGGGAAUAUCAACUCACGGUAUUUGUUUGGAGAGCUGAGACUGUCGCGACUCAACCAAAUCUACGCAAUCCGCCAUGCUAGCGUCUUGAGCGGCUAUCAGUUCACCUACCAGACGUACGGUGAGCUGUUUUACGACUAUUUGACUCCGCUGACUGCGGCGACUAUCUACGUUGCCUUAGUAUUGACGGCGAUGCAGGUUGGACUGGCUACCGAUCGUUUAGGCUUCAAUUCACCAUUCCAGGACGCUUCCUAUGGAUUUACAGUCUUUGCAAUCCUUGGGCCUCUGAUCGGGGUUCUGUUGGUCGGGAUUAUUGGGGGCUUGGCCUUUGUCAAUAAUCUGAUAGUGUCGUGGAACUUUCAGCGGCAGCAAUUUGCCCGGUAUGAACUGUUGGGAAUGCGAAAUACACUACCUUGA